AUGGCCCACUCGGUGCUGACGGACCAGGAGAUCGAGGAGUUCUUGAAGGGCUUCUUGGGAGAAACGGAGGAGGAAGAGGCCGAGAAGGAAGAGACGGAGACGGCGCCGGUUUUGGGCGAAGAGCUCCCGGGCAGCCAGGGAAGGCUGGGCUCGGCGGAGAGGACCGCAGCCCCCGCGGAAGUCGAGGAAGAGUCCCCCGGAGAGGUGGAGCCGCCUACGCUGGACUACAAUGAGCAGAUUGAACGCGAGGACUAUGAGGAUUUCGAGUACAUCCGACGCCAACACAGACCCAGCAAGCCACCCAAGAGAAGGAAACCUGAGAAACCCAGGCUGGAGGUGGAGGAGAAGCCAGAGAAAUCAGAUCCGCCACCUACUCCACCUCUUGAGAGUCAUUACGAAGAAGAGCUAGAGCUGCCAGAUUAUGGAGACGUGGACUAUUCUCUGCCCAAAAUCUACACCAGCAAAAAAGAUGAUGAUGAAGAUGAGAUGGAAACAGAUGAAGAGAAACUAAGGCUAAGUGAGGAGAGAGCAAAGAAGCCCAAGAAAGGGAAGGGCAGCAGCAAGGAAGAGGAAGAAGGUGAGACAGAUGAGGACACGUGGACAGAGGAGAAAAGCAAAGAGAGGAAAGAAGAUGAAGAUGAAUGGACGCCGGAGGAGAAAAUAAAGUGUCCUCCCAUCGGAAUGGAGUCCCAUCGGAUUGAAGAUGAUCAGAUCUUAGCUUCUUCCAUGCUGCGGCAUGGCUUGGGAGCCCAGCGUGGACGUCUGAACAUGCAGGCAGGGGCCAACGAAGAUGAUUACUUUGAUGGUGCUUGGUGUGCAGAAGAUGACAGCCGCAUCCAGUGGAUCCAAGUGGACACCAGGAGAACCACCAAGUUCACUGGAGUGAUCAUCCAGGGUCGUGAUUCAUUAAUCCAUGAUGACUUUGUCACUACUUUCCAUGUGGGCUUCAGUAACGAUAGCCAGAACUGGGUCAUGUACAGCAAUGGUUAUGAGGAAAUGCUUUUUUAUGGAAACGUUGACAAGGACACCCCUGUGAUGACGGAGUUCCCCGAGCCGAAGGUGGCCCGCUUCAUUCGUGUUUACCCACUCACCUGGAACGGUAGUCUUUGCAUGAGGCUGGAAGUGCUGGGCUGCCCCCUCGCGAGCAUCCACAGCUAUUACAGCAUGCAAAAUGAAGUGAUGACAUCAGUGGACAACCUGGACUUCCGCCAUCACAACUACAAGGAUAUGAGACAGCUUAUGAAAGUAGUGAAUGAGGAGUGCCCUACCAUCACUCGCAUCUACAACAUUGGCAAGAGUUCCCGAGGGCUUAAAAUUUAUGCCAUGGAGAUUACUGAUAAUCCAGGAGAGCAUGAACUAGGAGAACCAGAGUUCCGCUAUACAGCAGGAAUCCAUGGCAAUGAAGUAUUGGGGCGUGAGCUGGUGCUAAUGCUGAUGCAGUUUCUGUGCAAAGAGUACAAGGACGGGAAUCCACGGGUGCGGAACUUGGUGACCGAGACUCGCAUUCAUCUUGUCCCCUCACUCAAUCCCGAUGGCUACGAGAUAGCCAGCCAAACGGGCUCUGAGCUGGGGAACUGGGCCCUCGGACACUGGAGCGAGGAGGGAUAUGAUAUCUUUGAGAACUUCCCUGACCUGAACAGCGUCCUCUGGGCUGCAGAAGAGAGGAAAUGGGUACCGCACAAAGUCCCCAACCACCACAUCCCCAUCCCGGAACACUACCUUGCAGAGGAUGCUGCGAUUGCAGUGGAAGUGAAAGCCAUCAUGGCCUGGAUGGAAAAGAUCCCGUUUGUCCUUGGUGCUAACUUCCAGGGAGGGGAGAAAUUUGUCUCCUACCCCUUUGACAUGUCUCGUCCUGUCAGUGAGAAUGAAGUUGCUCCUCCGUCACCACUGGAUGACUAUGAAGAAGAGAACCCAGAAAUUAAAGAGACUCCAGACCAUGCCAUUUUCCGCUGGCUGGCCAUUUCUUAUGCCUCAGCCCACCUAACAAUGGCUGAGACUUUUCGAGGUGGUUGCCAUUAUCAGGAUCUUACCAACGGAAUGGGAAUUGUCAAUGGUGCCAAGUGGCACUCACGUGCAGGCAGCAUGAACGAUUUCAGUUACCUUCACACCAACUGCUUGGAACUCUCUAUCUAUCCCGGGUGUGACAAGUUUCCCCACGAAAGUGAAUUGCCGAAGGAGUGGGAAAAUAACAAGGAAUCCUUAUUAACCUUCAUGGAGCAGAUUCAUCGUGGCAUUAAAGGUGUGGUAACAGAUCAACAAGGAGAGGCCGUUGCCAAUGCUUCCAUCUCUGUGGUGGGGAUCAAGCACGAUGUGCUAACAGCAAGCGGCGGGGACUACUGGCGUAUCCUGAACCCUGGGGAAUACAGAGUCAUAGCCAAAGCCGAGGGCUACAAUCCCAGCGUCAAAACAUGCAGUGUCUUCUAUGACAUUGGCGCUACCCAGUGCAACUUCGUUCUGUCGCGGUCCAACUGGAAGCGCAUCCGAGAGAUUAUGGCCAUGAAUGGCCGCAGGCCUCUCGGCAGGCCCUUGAAUGGGCGGCCCUUGAACCCGAGGGAGCUGAGGCGCUGGAACAUGUGGAUGCGCCAGAGAGCUCGCCGGCGCCAGGAGAUGAACAAGCAGUUGCGGCAAACCACCACGAGGGCAGCCACCACUCCUCCCUCGACCACGCCGCUUCCGUUUUUGUUCAGCAGCACCACACUCCGGCCGUGGAGUCAAGAGCCGCCAACCGCAGAACCAGCCAGCACCUGGCAGACGGAGAUCGAGGCAGAAACGGUGACUGGAUGGGAGACAAUCACCGACGCAGUCACAGAGGCCAAGACUGGGGAGGAGAUAACAGCCACUGCUUUCCCCAUGACCACAGCAGAGACGUACACAGUGAACUUUGGCGAUUAGGAACAGCCAUCCCGUUUGCCAUGACUGUGGGCCAGCAAUACUUGCGAGACAUUCCCCCAAAGCUUGUCCUGCUUUCUCCAUCCAGGACGUGUGGCCAUAUUCAUUAAUCAUAGUACAGUAGGAGGCACGGUUACCUGUUUUUAGAACUCAUGGCCACAGAAUUCACUGCUCACCUUCAAGAACUAUAGCUAUUACCCCACCUUGUUCCCCCACAUACAUCUCAAAUAUAAUAGCUCAUAUUUUUCUUUUAUCCAGGUUUAUUGCUCCAAUCAUACACCAGCCAAAUGGGAAGCUGAGGUGAGCAGGCUGAGCUUGGUUCGGGAACAGGAAAUAUGCCAAGAACAUAGUCCUCCCCCCGCCAUGACUAACUGCAUGCAGCUCUGUGAUGUUGUUUUUUCCUCCACCCUGUUUCACGGCCAUUAUCAGAGUCUUUACUGUACUGCACAGGAUUUUGAGAACAGAAGACGCAAAGGUGGCCAAUAUCCAAGGAUCUAGAAUUCUCUUAAAAUUCACUGGCAUAAUCAAGGAAUUGUGCAGAUUUAUACCCUAAACCACAAUCCAAUUUAUGGUUACAUAUAUUUGGUCCUUUUAAACAAACAGUAUAUUAAACACACAAUACUACUGAAGUACAUACAGCCUUUCUGUGUUUACUUUUUAAAAGUUUAUGCAGAAUUUGGAGAUUUUUGUGUCACUUUUGUAGGGAGCAGGAACAUUAUGCAAAGCUUCCACUGAGGUGUAUCAAUCAAGGUCCAUGGACCAAAAAAACCAAAUUUGGUGGAAAGAACGCAGGAGAGGAGCCUAUAGCAUCUAUCUAUGAGGUGGCAGCCAAGCUCAAGUGUCAAAAAUGUUUCUCACAAGUUAACGUCAUAUUUUUUCCAGUCUUCCUAGUCAUGGGGAGUAGAAGUCUAAUAGCUUUCACAGUGAUGUCCGGUAUUCCAUGAAGACCACAACAUUUUCAUUAAGGGAACACUUUAUUCUUGUCUGCACUAUUACAGCUAGUUUUUCGACCUACUGCAGUGGUUCUGCCACCAGGAAACUGCCUCUUGCAGGAGACAAGAGAGGGAAAACGAAACUUUGCCAGGAUGAGCCCUGCAGGGGCUCCGGAGGAUGGUUAAAGUGCAGCUUUGAGCCCGUUUGGCUUUCCAAGUGUACCUGUUAUUUGAAUAAAAUGAGUCACAUGUUUAAAAAAU